AUGGCGCAGAAUCUGUACUGUCCACGAGUGCGGAUGGGAAACUGGAACGAGGACAUCUACCUGGAGGAGGAGUACAUGAAAGACUUUUUAGACAAGAGAGAGAAGGGGAAACUUCUCAUUCAGAGAAACAGAAGACUGAAAAAGAAUCUUUUGAGACCGAUGCAGCUUUCCAUAUCUGAAGAUGGAUAUAUUCAUUUUGGAGACAAAGUGAUGCUUUUAAAUCCCAACUAUCCUGAGAAGGAAGAAGCUGGUUUGUUUCAGUGUGGGGACCUGAGCCUUUGCAUGACUCCAGAUGAAAUUUCAACUCACUUGUAYGAUGAAUUAGAGGUGCCCUGUGGCCUGAGUGCAACUACAACCAGGAUCCCAAUUGGCAGAAACACUUUUACCAUUUUGAGUGCAGGCAAAGAUGCCACUGGUCAAGUCCUUAGAUAUGGACAGGACUUUUACCUUGGAAUAACAGGAGGAUUUGAAAACAAAAUGUUAUAUUUAUCCAGUGACCACAGGACCCUUCUGAAAUCAUCUAAGAAAUCUUGGCUCCAGGAGGUAUACCUGACAGAUGAGGUCUCCCACCUGAACUGCUGGCAGGCUUCUUUCCUCGAUCCACAGCUGCGCCUGGAGUUUGAAGGCUUCCCCAUCCAGGCAAAUGAAAAAAUCGUCAUCUAUCACCAUUACACGAAUCGGGCACUGGCAGUCCACCGCCAUCUUUUCUUAAGGACCUAUUUUGGAAAAGAAGUUGAAGUUGCAGCUCACACCCAUCUGGAUUCACACAAGGUUGAAAAACCAAAGAACCAUUGGAUUUUGGUUACUGGGAAUCCCAGGAAUGACUUUUCCACCAUGCUGGACCUGCCCAAACCACCAGCAAAGGACACCCAAGCCAUGGAGCAGGCCAUGGACCUUGACACCCAGUGA